AUGGCGGCUGUCUGGUUGCUCUGCGCCCUGCUCCUGCUUCAGCCUUUGGCCCAGGGGGAGUUGUACACACCCAUCCAUAAGCCUGGCUACUGCACUUUCUAUGAGGAGUGUGGGAAGAAUCCAGAGCUGUCUGGAGGACUCACAUCACUGUCCAACGUGUCCUGCCUAUCCAACACACCUGCCCGCCAUGUCACAGGCAACCACCUGGCUCUCCUCCAGCGCAUCUGUCCUCGUCUCUACAAUGGCUCUGAACACACCUAUGCCUGCUGUUCCAUGCAACAGCUGAUAUCCCUGGAGAGAAGCAUGUCCAUCACCAAGGCUCUCCUCACCCGCUGCCCGGCUUGCUCGGACAACUUUGUGAGCCUGCACUGCCAUAAUACCUGCAGCCCCAACCAGAGUGUCUUCAUCAACGUCACCCGUGUGGCCUCACAGGCGGCUAACGAGACCCCUGCUGUGGUGGCCUACGAGGCCUUCUACCAGCGUAGUUUUGCAGAGAAGGCCUAUGAAUCUUGCAGUCGGGUACGCAUCCCGGCUGCUGCUACACUGGCCGUGGGCAGUAUGUGUGGUGUGUAUGGUUCAGCCCUCUGCAAUGCGCAGCGCUGGCUUGACUUCCAAGGAGACACAGGGAAUGGUUUGGCUCCACUGGAUAUCACCUUCCACCUCUGGGAAUCCGGUCAGGCCCUGGCAAGUGGGAUCCAGCCACUGAAUGGGGAGAUUACAGCCUGCAAUGAGUCUCAGGGCCAAGACAUGGCAGCCUGCUCCUGCCAGGACUGUGCAGCAUCCUGCCCGGUGAUUUCCCGGCCUCCAGACCUGCGCCCCUCCUUCUACAUGGGGCGGAUGCCAGGCUGGCUGGCCCUCAUCAUCAUCUUCUGUUCUGUCUUUGUGUUGCUCACUGCUAUCCUGGUGCGCUUCCGUGUGGUUUCGGACAGGGCCAAAGGCAAGAUGGAAGGACCCCACGUGACUCCAGGUAGCACUCACAAGCACAGACUCUCUCUCCAUAAUGUCCUUGGCCAGUUCUUCCAGAAAUGGGGCACAACAGUAGCCUCAUGGCCACUGACCGUCCUGGCUGUGUCCACCGUGGUAGUGUUAGUCUUGGCGACAGGCAUGAUGUACCUAAAACUUGUCACUGACCCUGUGGAUCUGUGGUCAGCUCCCAAAAGCCAAGCCCGGAAGGAGAAGGCUUUCCACGACGAAAAUUUUGGCCUCUUUUUUCGAACCAAUCAGGUUUUCCUGACAGCUCUGAACCGGUCCAGCUACAUGUAUGACUCCCUGCUGCUGGGGCCCAAGAACUUCAGCGGGAUCUUGUCCCUGGACCUUCUGUUGGAGGUUCUGGAGCUGCAGGAGAGGCUGAGGCACCUGCAGGUGUGGUCACCCGAGGCCCAGCGAAACAUCUCCCUGCAGGACAUCUGCUACGCACCCCUUAACCCGCACAACACCAGCCUCUCUGACUGCUGUGUCAACAGCCUCUUACAGUAUUUCCAGAACAAUCGCACACUGCUGCUGCUCACAGCCAACCAGACACUGAUGGGCCAGACUUCUGAGGUGGACUGGAGAGACCACUUCCUCUACUGUGUCAACUGCCUGCUGUUGGCUGCCCAGCCUGGGGAGUGGGGAGGGUGUGGGCAGUGGGCAGUGGUGGCCAGGAGACUGAACCUAGAUGCAUUGCAGGUGGAAUCCAAGGCCACGGUGGGCCUGGGUGGGGUGAUGGUGGUGAUAGCAGCCGUCGUAGCUGCCAUGGGCUUCUUCUCCUAUGUGGGAGUACCUUCUUCCCUGAUCAUCGUGCAAGUGGUGCCUUUCCUGGUGCUGGCUGUGGGCGCUGACAACAUCUUCAUUUUUGUCCUCCAGUACCAGAGGCUGCCGCGAAAGCCUGGGGAGCAGCGAGAGGCCCACAUUGGCCGAGCCCUGGGCAGUGUGGCCCCCAGUAUGCUGCUAUGCAGCCUCUCCGAGGCCAUCUGCUUCUUCCUGGGAGCUCUGACUCCCAUGCCAGCUGUGCGGACCUUUGCCCUGACCUCCGGCCUGGCCAUCAUUUUUGACUUCCUUCUGCAGAUGACUGCCUUUGUGGCUCUGUUCUCCCUGGACAGCAAGAGGCAGGAGGCAUCCCGUUCUGACUGCUGUUGCUGCCUUGCAUCUCGGCGUCUGCCUCCAUCUGAGCAAAAGAGUGAGGGGUUCCUGCUUCGCUUCUUCCGCAAGAAAUAUGCUCCCUUCCUGCUGCAUCGGUUCACCCGCCCUGUCGUGAUGGUGCUGUUUCUGGCCUUGUUUGGAGCAAGUCUCUACUUCAUGUGUCACAUAAGUGUGGGGUUAGACCAGGAGCUGGCCCUGCCCAAGGACUCCUACCUGCUUGACUACUUCCUUGCUUUGAACCGUUACUUUGAAGUGGGGCCUCCAGUGUACUUCGUCACCACAUCAGGAUACAACUUCUCCAGUGAGGCAGGCAUGAAUGCCAUCUGCUCCAGUGCUGGCUGCAACAACUUUUCCUUAACCCAGAAGAUCCAGUAUGCCAGCGAAUUCCCAGAUCAGUCUUACCUGGCUGUCCCUGUGUCCUCCUGGUUGGAUGACUUCAUCGACUGGCUGGCCCCAUCCUCCUGCUGCCGCCUUUAUCUCUCUGGCCCCAAUAAGGAUGAAUUCUGCCCCUCAACUGAUAACUCUUGGAACUGCAUAAAGAAUUGCAUGAGCUUCACGCUGGGUCCUAUACGGCCCACGGUGGAGCAGUUCCACAAAUAUCUUCCUUGGUUCCUGAGUGACCCACCGAACAUCAAAUGUCCCAAGGGCGGCCUGGCAGCGUACAGUACCUCUGUGAAUUUGGGCCCAGAUGGCCAGGUUCUAGCCUCCAGGUUCAUGGGAUACCACAAACCACUGAAGAAUUCUCAGGAUUUCACAGAAGCUCUUCGGGCAGCUCGACUGCUGGCAGAAAACAUUACAGCUGACUUGCGGAAGGUGCCAGGAACAGACCCAGACUUUGAGGUCUUCCCCUACACGAUUUCCAAUGUAUUCUACCAGCAAUACCUGACAGUUCUCCCUGAGGGCAUCUUCACGCUUGCCCUCUGUUUCAUCCCGACCUUCAUAGUCUGCUACCUCCUGCUCGGCCUGGACAUGUGCUCUGGUAUCCUCAACCUCAUCUCCAUCAUCAUGAUCCUUGUGGACACCAUGGGCUUGAUGGCCAUAUGGGGCAUCACCUACAAUGCUGUGUCCCUCAUCAACCUGGUCACGGCGGUGGGCAUGUCUGUGGAGUUUGUGUCCCACAUCACCCGCUCCUUUGCUGUUAGCACGAAGCCUACUCGGCUGGAGAGGGCUGAAGAAGCUACCGUCUUUAUGGGCAGUGCGGUAUUUGCUGGAGUGGCCAUGACCAACCUGCCAGGUAUUCUUGUCCUGGGCCUUGCUGAUGCCCAGCUCAUCCAGAUCUUCUUCUUCCGGCUCAAUUUAUUGAUAACCCUGCUGGGCAUGGUGCAUGGACUGGUCUUUCUGCCGGUUGUACUGAGUUACCUGGGACCUGAUGUUAACCCAGCUCUGGCACUGGAACAGAAACAAACCGAAGAGAUGGCAACAGCCAAUGAGAUCUCCUGCCCAAAGCAUCCCUUCCCUCCUGAUGUGACCAAUAAUGUCUAUGUCAACCAUGGCUUCUAA